AUGAAGAAGAAGGGCCGGCGGCAAUGGCAUGCGGCUGCUGGUGUAGUUUCUGUCGAUGAUGGAGCUCCCCACUUGCUGAUUCCCUUACGUACUAAACUUUCAAUCUUUCUUUGGAUGUUGUUGAGAAAUCGCCUGCCUAUUAAUGAUCUCCUUUAUCGUCGGCUUCCCCAUAUUUAUCCUCCUUGUAAAUGGUGUGGUGAAAUAGAAACUGUCAUGCAUCUUUUCUUCCUAUGCCCCAAAGCUAUUGCGGUAUGGAUCAAUUCUCCUUUACGUCUACGCUCUAGUCUUUUCGAUCCCGUGGAUAUUAUCUCCUACUGGUCUACAAUUGUCUCCUUUUUCGAUAACCAGCGUCAGAAAAGUAGAAAUGCUUUUCUCUUUAGUGACCUAAGGGAGUUAGCUUCCUCCAUCAUCUCAGCAGCUCCUAAGUACUAUAAGGAUUUUAAUGAAGCUAAUGUUGUGCAACAUCCUGCUCCCAGUUUACCAGUGUUUAUCCAAUGGCACCCUCCCCCUCAUGGUGUCGUUAAGUUUAAUUUUGAUGCAUCUGUUAAAAAGAAGGAUCUUGGAGAAUGUCUUGCUUACAGAGAAGCAGCCCUCUUAGCUUAUCAUGGUGGUUUCUCGGAGGUUAUUUUUGAAAGAGAUUCCUUGAUAGUGAUCCAAGCUAUUACUGGUCACAUUAGUCCUCUGUGCUUACAGGGUUUGAUCAAGGAUAUUAACGAUUUAUGUGUUUCUUUUUCUUCUAUCUCCUUUAACCAUGUUAAAAGGGAUGGAAAUCAUGCUGCCCACUCCUUAGCUUCUCAAACCAUCACCGAUUCAAAUUUUCAUUGUAAUUUGAUGGUUCAAAACUCCUUUGUCUUUGGCAAAAUGCCAAUUUGA